CUUAGUUAAGUGUCAGACAGAAAUAAAUAUGACAGAAAAAAAAAAAACCCUUCAAAUUUUUGCCAUUCGCUUAUAUUCGAAAGUUAAGUUUUUCUAACAUAAAUGGUUUGUUCGGAAUUGAGCUCUGUGACAAAAUCAUCUAACUAUAUAAUUGUUAGCUUAGCUAACAAGUCUGACUAGCCUGGGUAGAUUCCCAAACUGCCAACAGUAACAGUUUCGGUUUCCCUCUUGGUCUGAUCAGUUUUGAUUUGUAUGUAGAGUUGGUGGAAACUAUCGAAUAGAAAACACCCAUGUUCUAGCUUCGCUGUAUUAGUUAAUACUACGUGUAAACACAGCUUGCUGACUUCAAUGUCUCCUAAGAAAAAAGCACUGCCUUGUCCCUUGCCUGAAGGAUGGAUACUGACAGACACAGAAAAGAGAAAGUGGCGUCUCGGCAAAAUCAUUGGAAAAGGAGGCUUCGGACUCAUUUAUCUGGCUUCAGACCGUGUGGAAUCACCUGUGACCGAGGACACUAAUUAUGUAAUUAAAGUAGAAUAUCAUGAAAAUGGACCUCUGUUCUCAGAGCUGAAGUUUUAUCAAAGAGCAGCAAAACCUGAAUGCAUCAGCAAGUGGAUGAGAGUCAAAAAGCUUGAUUUUUUGGGCAUCCCAACCUACUGGGGCUCUGGACUCUCCGAACAUAAUGGAACAAGGUACAGGUUCAUGGUGAUGGACCGGCUGGGUACUGACCUGCAGAAGGUGUUUGUGGAAAAUGCUGAACAGCUGAAGAAGCCAGCAGUGUUGCAGUUGGGUUGCCUCAUGUUGGAUAUCCUGGAAUAUAUUCAUGACAACGAAUAUGUCCAUGCUGACAUUAAGGCUGCCAAUCUCUUACUAGGACACAGGGACCCAGACAAGGUGUACUUGGCUGACUAUGGCCUGUCAUACAGAUACUGUCCUAACGGAGAGCAUAAAGACUACAAAGAGAACCCAAAGAAAGGACACAAUGGCACGAUUGAGUAUACAAGCAUUGAUGCUCACAGAGGUGUAGCCCCAUCCAGACGCGGAGACCUGGAGGUGCUGGGUUACUGCCUGCUCCACUGGCAGUGUGGAACUCUCCCCUGGCUGUCAAUGCUCAGGAAUCCAGUACAGGUCCAGGAGGCCAAGGCCAAGCUCAUGGAUAACCUGCCAUCCUCCGUCAUUCAAAUGUCCACCUCUAGUAUCAGUCUAGCUGAGGUAGCCCAGUUCCUGCUCGAUGUGAGAACGUUGGGCUACAAAGAAAAACCAGACUACGAUGCUCUGAGGAAGGUACUAUCACAUGUCAGGCUCCGAGGCCCACUGGACCUUUCCAGACCGAGAGCAGCAGAGUCAUCCAGGCCAGCGGCAAACAGGAACUCGAGGCAGGCCCAACCUGUAGUGAGUUCAACUAAACCAAAGCCUGCGACUCAUGAUGAAGACCUCACUAAACUUCCCUAUAGAACCAAAGAGAAAGCAAAGACAGAAGAACAGAAACCUUACAAGGUCAGUUCUGUAGCUGACGCCCGUGCAAGGUCUAGGCGUGUUGCCAGUGACAGUGAUGAAGACCAGGAAGACGAAUAUGAUGCUUUGCCACCAAGAUUCCACCCCAAAACACGAGAAGGCACAAAGCAAAGGCAAAGUCGUGACCAAUUGGCUCCAGCAUUUGGAAUGAGGAGAAGAGAUGAGGACGGUCUACAAAUGCGGAAACGGAACAAUAAGCAGGAGCGUCAGGAUUUCAGCCCCGAUGUCACUGACCAAUGGGGAGGAAAUUACCACUCAUGGGAAGCUUACUGCACAAGAACCAGUGAAGGGGAAGACUACUGGGACAAACCAAAAGAUAACCGCUGGGAGGAAAUUGAUUAUAAUGGACAUCAAUUGAAUGCUGAUGUGCACAGUGAAUACUACUCCACACACUGCAACAGGAACAAUAGACAGAACUCAGAAGACAAGUCUUUUAUACACAGGAGCUGUAAAAUUUAUGCAUGCAUCAUUACUGUUGCACUCUUCCUUAUUCUGGUUGUUUUUGCUGCCUUUUGAACACAGUGUUUUGGUUUUCAUAUUCCAGUAUUAAGAACGAAAUUUCUUGUCCUUCUGAAACACAGCAUCCAUUUUGCUGAGUGGUCACGGUUUUUGUAUGGCCAUUUUCACUGUGAUGGGCUGGGUGG